GAUAGCCCCUCCCCCUCAGCAUCUUCAUGAGGACAGUAAGGAGACCGGACACAACGGAUGUUAGACGAAGCUGGACUUUUGGUAGUCUUGACCGAAUAUGGCCUCGCCGAGAACAAUAACUAUCGUCGCUCUUUCUUUUGCACUAGGCCUGUUUUUUGUCUUCAUGGGAACAAUUAAACUUACACCGCGAUUAAGCAAAGAUGCCUACAGUGAAAUGAAAAGGGCAUAUAAGAGUUACGCAAAGGCUCUGCCAGGUUUGAAGAAGCUGGGCAUCACCUCAGUGCUUCUGCGCAAAAUCAUCGGCACUGUGGAAGUGGCAUGUGGUGUGGUCCUGACACUUGUGCCUGGAAAACCGAAGGAUGUUGCAAACUUCCUGCUGCUGCUGGUCAUGCUAGCUGUGCUCUUCUUUCACCAGUUAGUUGGUGAUCCACUGAAGCGAUAUGCUCAUGCACUGGUGUUUGGGAUCCUACUUACCUGCCGCCUACUGAUUGCACGCCAGAGUGAUGACCGACCUGAGAGAGAGGAACGACGAGAAGAACAGGUCAAUGCUCAGGAAAAGAACAAAAUCAAAGUGUCUUAGCUUCUCCGUUUUGACUGUAGGAAAUGCAAAACAAUGUGGACAUUUCCUGAAUAUCAUAUAUGCUAUGGCAAGUAAAAGAUGGUCACUACAAAAAGUGAUUUAUGUUCUUUAUGCCCAUACAAGCUAUCCAACCAUACAGUUCUUUUAAACUUCAAUUUAAAAACCUUAAUUUCUAAAUACUGACCCUGAGAGUGAAGAGUCAGAGUAUGAACACCCUUAUUAGCCCCUGCUGUCUUUUAAAACUUGAAUUUAUGUAAUACUAUGUAAAGCUAAUAUUAUUAUUACACCACCAUCAGCUAUAAGGUCCAAUUAUUAUCAUUAUUACUCCCAUAGUGACUAUUUCUGUUUGACACCCUAGUACAGACACACAGUGAUUUCUUAAUUCCAAAAUAUCAAUUAUAAAAAGUGCUGUUCAUUAGAUAACAUGAAGAAAAAAUCAUCCUGCAAAACAUUCAAAGAAUAAUGCAAUGCAAAAAAUUUAAGACGAUGUUUUCUCAUGAUAAGAUUAGACUAUUUCUGAGCAUGAUACUCCAUUGGAUGCCAUCUUGCAGACGUGCCACAAAAUGUUGAAAAUGUAUCUGGUUUGUGUGUGAAAGAUUUGCUGUUUUGUGUUAGUAUGUGCAUUAUUUUUAAUGGUUGAUUUUUUUUUUAUUUAUUUUUUUUUUUUUUAUAUGCUUUUUCGUUUUAACAUAUUUGAUUU